AGUGUUCUCAUUUUGGUCACUUUGGCACUAACUGUUCGCUAUUCAAAUUAACUAGUGUGAGCGGGAACAAUAGAUGGCCUAUGAGCGAGUCACGUUGCUUGAAUUUGGGAAGUAAACAUCAUUAUUCUAUAAGAAAGGUAAAGCCAUGCCACCGAAGAAAAGAAGAAAGCCCGGCCCGAUCCCAUUGGCUGUAAGGCUUGCCGCAUCAAAUGACCUAGAAGAUGCGGAGCCCUGGCACCAAAAUAUGACACCAUCGUUUUCAGAAGAGGUGCCGACACCAUCAUUGACAGAGGUGCCAGCACCAUCAUUGGCAAAAGAGCGGGCACCAUCAUUGGCAAAGGUACGGGCACCAUCAUCAGCAGAGGUGCUAGCACCAUCAUUGGCAAAGGUGCGGGCACCAUCAUUGGCAAAGGUGCCAGCACCAUCAUCGGCAGAGGUGCUAGCACCAUCAUUGGCAAAGGUGCGGGCACCAUCAUUGGCAAAGGUACGGGCACCAUCAUCGGCAGAGGUGCUAGCACCAUCAUUGGCAAAGGUGCGGGCACCAUCAUUGGCAAAGGUACGGGCACCAUCAUCAGCAGAGGUGCGGGCAUCAUCAUUGGCAAAAGAGCGGGCACCAUCAUCGGCAUCGCACGCCGAGGGGCCAGGCUCCCAGGAAAUGAAUCAACUAAUUGGAAGGAUCAUUAGAUACUUAUUAUCCGCAAACAGAUCAAAGAAUGUAAUUCAACGACCACAACUGAUAAAAAGUGCAUUUGGCAACUACGGCAAACACUACCGCUUAGUUAUGCCAAUUGUUAAACGCAAAUUGUCACAGACAUUUGGACUCAGAUUGAUCGAAUUUGAAACUAGUAAAUAUAUACUAGUUAAUGCCAUUGAAAAUGGUAAAUUUCAUCUACAAGUUCCAGAGGACGAAAAACCUUGCAGAAUGUUACUAAUUCUAAUACUUACCCAUAUUUUCAUGUUAGAUGGCAAAAGCAGUGAAGAUUCUAUAUGGAGAUUCUUAAGAUGUCUGAAAAUAAUUGAAGAAGAUGACUUCAACAGUGAAUAUUUCGGUGAUGUCCAGAAAGUAGUUUGCACUGAUUUCGUGAACCAAAUGUAUCUCAGUAGGUCGAUGAUUGGCUCUACGGAACCACCUAAGUACGAGUUGCAAUGGGGUCUUCGUGCUAAAUUAGAAGUGUCGAAACGACAUAUGCUGGACUUUGUUUCUAAGAUGUAUGGCGAUCGCUCUUUGAGCUCAUGGCCAAAUCAAUACAAAUCCAUGCUAGCAGACGAACGCACUGAUGCUUGAUGGAAGUAAGGCAACCUACUGAAGUAUAAUAACGCCAAAAGACUGAGAAAAGAAGCGUAGUUGAGCAUAUAAUGGAAGAUAAAAGGCCACCAAGUUUCAAUAAAUCAAACUAUACGAAUAAGGUCAUUUUUGUACUCAUUGUUUGAAUAAAAAAUUUGUGAUAGAAAAUAGUA